GUGUUUAAUUUCAGUGGCCGGAAAAAGACAAUGGUUUCCAUGUCAGCGGAUAAACGCGCUCCCCUUAGCUGCUGGAAGAGAGGGCGGAGGUAGUAGUGAGUGUACUAUACAGAGGAGCCAGGAAGGUACUAAGGGAGCUGGUGACCGACAGAGCAAGAGCCAUGCCGCGCCGGGGUCUAGUGGCUGGGCCAGAGUUUGAGUAUUUCCAGCGUCGCUAUUUCACGCCGGCAGAGGUUGCCCAACAUAACCAACCCGAAGACCUCUGGGUGUCUUACCUGGGACGCGUGUACGACCUAACGCCACUGGCAGAGGAAUAUAAGGGGAACCUGCUGCUGAAACCCAUCGUGGAAGUUGCAGGUCAGGACAUCAGCCACUGGUUUGAUCCUAAGACCAAAGACAUCCGUAAGCACAUAGAUCCGCUGACCAGCUGCCUGAGGUACUGCACCCCGCGGGGCCGCUUUGUGCACGUUCCGCCUCUGCUGCCCCGUUCGGACUGGGCCAAUGAUUUCGGGAAGCCCUGGUGGCAGAGGUCUUCUUACGAGGUGGGGCGGCUGUCUGCCAAGACCCGGAUCAUCCGCAUCAUUAAUACGCUCACGUCGCAGGAGCAGACAUUGGAGGUGGGGAUCCUGGAGUCAAUGUGGGAAAUCCUACACCGGUAUCUCCCCUAUAAUGCACAUGCUGCCAGCUACACGUGGAAAUAUGAAGGGAAGAACCUGAACAUGGAUCGUACCCUAGAAGAGAAUGGGAUCCGGGAUGAGGAGGAAGAAUUUGACUAUCUCAAUAUGGAUGGUACACUGCACACACCUGCAAUACUGCUGUAUUUCAAUGAUGAUCUCACAGAGCUAUAGGAAACGAGAUGUAUGCUCAUGUAUACUUAAGGCAUAUUUUGAGUAUGGCUUUUUCUGUACCCUGAGGAAAAGAGGUGGGGGUAGGGGGUGUCUGGACCUAGAUGGACCUCCAUUCCCCUCUGUGAACUUGCCUGGGGUUCCCAUGCUUUUCUGAUGUAUAAGGGUCCUAUUCUCCAGCUCCAUUACAAUUUUCUCUGAGAAACUUAGGAACAAUGCUAGAAAUGAAUUAAUUAAUUUUUAGGAAUGAUACGAGAUGAAGAAUCUUGGAUUAUGGAGAUGUAGAAGAGGAUAGUCAGAUAGACCUCAGGCAGAGCUGUUUGAUUGUAAGAGAAAGAAAAAUCCUACAGGGAUGAAGGGUUGAAGAACUUUUUUGGCAAUGAUGGAAAUGGGAUGGCUGCAGGAAGAGGGGAUUUACAAAGAGAGGAAUAGGAGGUGUCUAUCAUUGACCAUUUAAAACUGGCUUAUCGGGCCAAGCGUGGUGGCUCAUGAGGCCUGUAAUCCUAG